GAGACACUGAUGUCGAUCUCUUAUAUUUUCAUCGAAACUUUUUCGAUUGUUACAAAAAGGAGGUUAUAUAUAUGUUACGCAUUCAUGAACUGGGAUGUGAUUGAAUCCAGUAUGUAACCAUCAUCAUGUUUUGAUUUCUCCCAAUCUCAAGAGUCCAGAAACACCAAGAUGCCUUUCGUAAACAUGAAAAAGGCGGCGACCGUAUCGGGAAGCUCAAAAAGCUUUUCGGUCCGAGUCACCACUAUGGAUGCUGAAUUGGAAUUUUCAAAUAUUGAGCACAAAGCAACAGGGAAGGAUUUGUUUGAGCUGGUGUGUCGUACAAUAGGACUAAGAGAGACCUGGUAUUUUGGACUACAGUUUAUUGAUUCUAAGGGAUAUAUUUCCUGGCUGAAGUUUGAUAAAAAGGUUUUAGAUCAAGAUGUUCCAAAAGAGACACCAGUGCCAUUCUUGUUCUUGGCCAAAUUUUUCCCUGAGGAUGUGUCGGAGGAGUUGAUCCAAGAAAUAACACAGCAUCUGUUUUUCCUUCAAGUGAAACAAUCUAUCAUCAACAUGGAUAUAUAUUGCCCACCAGAGGCAUCUGUCCUGCUGGCCUCCUAUGCAGUACAGGCAAAGUAUGGGGAUUAUGACACAUCCACUUAUAAAAUUGGGACACUGGCCAGUGAGGACUUACUGCCCCAGCGUGUGAUUGACCAGUAUCAGAUGACCCCUCAGAUGUGGGAAGAAAGAAUCAAAGAAUGGUACGCUGACCACAGAGGAAUGUCUAGAGAUGAAGCUGAAAUGGAAUAUCUGAAAAUUGCUCAAGAUCUUGAAAUGUAUGGUGUGAAUUAUUUUCAAAUUGAGAACAAAAAGAAUACAGACCUGUGGUUGGGGGUAGAUGCUCUUGGCCUGAAUGUGUACGAGUCCAAUAAUAAACUGUGUCCUAAGAUCAUGUUUCCCUGGAAUGAGAUUAAGAAUAUUUCCUUUAAGGACAAAAGAUUUGUGAUAAAACCUGUAGAGAAGAAAUCCCCAGAUUUUGUAUUCAAACCACCAAAAUUACGCAUUAACAAGUUGAUAUUAGAGCUAUGUAUAGGAAACCAUGAAUUAUUUACAAGACGAAGAAAACCUGAUUCCAUGGAAAUUCAACAAAUGAAAACUAAUGCUAGAGAGGAAAAGAUACGCAAGCAGAUGGACAGGGCGAGACUAGCAAAAGAGAAACAAUUGAAGGAAGAGGCCCUGAAAGAGAAGGAAGAGCUGGAGAAACGACUUCAUAUGUUGCAAGAGGAGGUCAGAGCUGCACAGGAGUUACUGCGGCGGUCGGAAGAGACAACCGAGUUGUUGGCGGAGAAGGCUCAGAUAGCGGAGGAGGAGGCAAUUCUGCUGGCCCAAAAAGCCUCGGAAACAGAAGGGGAGAUUCACAGGAUGAAACUGAAGGAGAUGAAGAAUGAAGAGGAACGUAUGAUAAUGGAGUACCGUGCUCGUGAGGCGGAGAUGAUUGCAACUAAGAUCCUAGAGGACUCUGAGAGGAGAGCUUUGGAAGCUGAACAGUUGAAAAUUGACCUGGUUCAGGCUAAAUUGAACGAACAAUCAGCCAAGGAGAAACUGAUGGAAGUAGCAAGAGUGUCUCCGUACACACAACAGGCUAUGUAUGGUCUGCACAGUCUACCGUCAGAUUUUGCAGAACUGCAACUGGAUGAGCCACCCAUGGAUGAUUUGCAGGAGAUGGGGGAGGCCAGCGAGGCCAGCUGUGACCUCUUAGGGGCAGGCGACAUGGACCAGUUAUCUAUAGAGAUAGAGAAGGAAAGAGAGGAAUACAUGGAGAAGUCCAAACACCUACAAGAACAGCUGAAGGAGCUCAAGACAGAGAUAGAGGUAUUGAAGGUGGAAGAGAAUGAGACAGAACUUGACAGACAGCAUGACGAGAAGAUACGUCGUGGGGACACAAAGUACUCCACCCUGAGAAUGGCUAAAGCCGCAACAACGCAGGCCCGAGUGCAGUUCUUUGAAGAUUUGUGAGCGACGCGUUAAAGCAUUUCUGUGAUAGAGACUUACAACUAUGAUGCGAGAGUUACAAAAAUUCUUACAACUAAUACAAAAUUGGUGAGCGAAGCAGAACAGCUAAGUGUUAUUGUUUUAAAGCUGUUUUUGUUUCCCCAAUUGUUUACCAGGUGCCUUGAACAUUAUGUCUGCAUUGAGAAUCGUGUUUUAUUGCAAGAAACGUUAUUCCCAGUGUUAAUCAUUUCAUUGGUCAUGUUUUUAUUGCAAUAAUAUCAAUUACAAUUUAUUGUAUAAAAUGCUGAUCAUUCUGGCCAAAAUAAAACUAGCAUCUUUAGUAAGCAUUACAUCUGUACAUGUUGAAAAUUUCAUUUUCUGCAGGAUAAUCUGAACAUGUUUUUCCAUGUAUAGAUUUGGUCACCAAAUCAUGAAUAAUGCAAAGACACAAUCAAAUAAUGUGUCAAGUGUUUUAAUGCUUUGGCUUUUUUAAUGAAUACUGUUCACUUAUUUCUUGAAUCGAGUCAACCAAACUAAUUCCGAAUUCUGAAUAAAACAGCACAAUAUUAAAAGAAAUUGUGAAUUAAUACAAAAAAUAUUUCCAGGCUAAGAAAUUCUGAAAACAGUACAGUUUUAUGUACAUUAGUGUACGUAGAUGUAUUUACAUGGUAUCAACUAAUAAAGUGUUAAAACCAUUAAAAGUUAUAGUUUCUAGGAAAAUGUUGUGAAAUACAUCUAAGAUUGCUUUAAAAUCUGUGAUGAACUUAUUGACUUCACAAAUUUUAUUGUCAGUAGAAUAGCGCAUUCUAUACAAUUCUUUUUUUUAGUUAUUAAUUUUCAAAAAAAAUUAUAUGUGAAUAAAUAUCUAUGAGCUUAAACAUAAACGUGCUGAGCAUUGUUCUAUAAUCAAAUUUUAUACAUGGAUCUGAUUGUUCUUUGACUAAAUACUUGAAUCAUAUUCUGCCGCAUCUCAAUUUCAAUUGAAAGUAGAUAAUUAUUUAGUGAAUGAGGUGUUUUAUCAAAUCUAUCAAUAGUUUUAUCCCACCUUUUUCUUUCAUACCACCGCUUUACCAGAUAAUGUGUUCAAAAUCGUGUUUGCUGUUGACUUGGCAGUUAUAACUACUGUGAUGAUGUUGACUUGGCAGUUAUAACUACUGUGAUGAUGUUGACUUGGCAGUUAUAACUACUGUGAUGAUGUU